UUCGAAUAGGCCCCAUAGACUUUUCAUACCAUAUCUAACACAUCCUGCCUUUUCCGAUCUCUCCUUGCCUGCAAAAGAUCCGUUCAACACUCAACAUGGGCCAGCAACAGGUCCCUUUCUGGAAUGUCAACUUACCGGAAGAAGAAUGGACGGAAGGAUGUCCGGAAUAUCUCCAGCGCUGCACAGAAAGAGAAAAAAUGAUCCUUGGGAUGCCGGACUCUGCGCUUGAACCGCUAGGCUGGGAUGCCAUCAAAAAGAUCGUUCAUUCCAGCCGUAUAGAUGACUUUCGGCGCAAACCAUCUGAUCACCGGAGAUACAAGCACUAUAUGCACGAGCUGAAAGCGAAGUACGGAUCCGUUGCCGAAUUCAUCCGCAAGAAGCGCCUCGGAUGGUCACCCGAAGACCUCGAUCCCAACCUCACGCCGUUCCGAAGGCCGGAAGACAUCAAGGUUCUGUACAACGAUUGGCCGUAUCUCAUCCACGAAAAGAUUGUUCACCUGGUGGUCUGGACGAAAUUUGCUCUACCGGAGGACCCUGAUACAGGGUUGCUCACAGAGAAGUCAAAAGAGGAGAUUGAAGACUACAUGAACUCGACAUUUACCAUGGUGGACCAGUCGGAGCGCAUUUGGUUUCGGAAUUGGCGAGCCCUGAAAUCCAUCAAGUCCGUGGAACACUUCCACGUCAUGCUGAAGAAUCCAGAUCCUCGCGUCAUCGCCGAAAUGACCAAAGGAGAUGUGCCGAUGUGCAAAAAAGUGGCUGAGCAUGGCUCUGCGUCUCUUCUAUAA